AUGGACCGCCGCGGACGCCUCGGACUGGACAGCCGCCCGCUCGGCGCGGCCGCGCUGCCGGCGGCGGCGGUGCCCGGCACCGACGGCCCCGUGUUCCUGUGGCUGCCGCUGGCGCCGCCGGGGGACGGGGACGCGGGGCUGACCCUGCGGGAGCGCUUCAGCGCCGGCCGCGCCACCUACACGGCCGCCCCCGGCGAGGCCUGGCAGCGCGACGUCCGCCGCGCGGCGCCCCGCGGCCGCGAGCCCGCCGGCACAGGCGCCGCGGCCGCAGCAGCGCGCCGCAAGCUGGCGGCCGUCGCGCGGCGCGCUCUGCCGCGCGGCGGGGACGGGGGCGGCGGCUGCGAGGAGUUGCAGGUGCUGCUGCGGCUGCAGAUCAGCCGGCCGCGGCUGCACAACGUGCUGACCACCUUCAAGGUCUCACUGGCGGGCCUGCUGCUCAACACCAAGACCUUUGCUGCCAACGAGCUGCUCAACCUGGCAGUUGACCGGGUCAGCGCCAUGCUGCUGCGCACCACACGGGAGCUGCAGCUGACCCUGGUGGUGGCGGCGCUGCAGCUGGACAACCAGGCGCUGGAGACGCACCACCCCGUGGUGCUGGCGCCCUCAGGCAACGCCAGCCUCGUCGCAGGCGCACAGGCUCACCGGCCGUUGCAUCAUUGCUGCCCUGUCGACUUCCGAAUCCGUGUUGAGACCUGA